AUGGGGAACCCCAAACGGACGCAGAGCGCCCACACCAGCAGCGGGAAAGUACCCGCCGAGAAACCGGGCUCGGUUACGAAAUUCUUCAAGGACCAGGUCGGCCGCAUGGCGGAGCGAGGAGAGAUGAAUAUGGCGCCGGGAGACUGCCUCUCUAAUCCCUCCAGCCCAGCUGCAUCCGAGGCUUCAUUAACCUCAGCAGAUCCAGAAAAACAAAAAAAACACCCACACCACAAUUCAGCCCUAAGCCUGGAACAUAAUGAUACCCCCGCUAUAGGACCUAGCCUCCAUACUACCACUGCACCACACCCCAUAAGGUCACACGGGAAUAUAUGCUCAUUCCCGGUUCCAGAAGAUGAUGACAAACGCAAAUGCCUGCUUGCCCACCGACACAUGCGAGCCACACGCCAACGACACAGCACACACACCACCGCAGCUGUACCUGCUGCGCCUUAA